UCCAACACGUUCCCUCCAGCCCAGGCGAAAGCGUACCGGAGCAGCGAAGCACCCUCCAGCGACGUCGCUCGCUCCACAUCCGACAAGCGACGCUACUCGCUUGGAUCCAUGGACUCCUGGCAAAGAAGGGUUGGAUCCAUGGAAGACGCUGUCCAGCAGGCCAGCGAAUGGGCGCUCCUCAUGGCCUCCUACGCCGCCAACUCCGCAAUCGUCCACGCUGUCUACCGCUACCUCGUCCCCUGCAGCCAGCAGGAGGAGGAGGAUCUUCUAGGCAACAAGAGGAAGUGGGACAAGACUGGGUUCUACCCAUAUGAGUCUGAUGAAGAUGAGCCGUACGAGUAUGAAUCUGGAGAUGAUGUGGUCGAGGGGAACGUCGAGUCCUUUAAAGAGAAGGAGGUGUUGAAGAUCAAGGUCCAAGGACCUGCUAAGUACUACAACUGGAGGAAUAAAAAGUACCGAUGCCCCUACGGCAGCAAGCCCAAGCCCAGGUUUGGGUUAUUGGAGCAUCUGAUGGAACAUUGCCGGGCUACAUCGAUCUCCAGUCAUGACUACAAGAUCAUUGGUCAGCAUUCUGCCCUCCUGAAGGUCCUGAGAAACCCUGACCUCUAGUCGUACAUCAUGCUGAUCAUCGGAAGCUGGAAGCCGUACUCAUCAUCAAUAUAUUUGAUGAUGUUUUACUUUUGGAAAGCUGCAUCUGGGUCUGAACUGCUUGAAAACUUGCUAUAUUAAUGUAAUGUAAUGUAAUGUAUUGUGUGUUUGAACUGGAUCUGUUGUGAACUGCCUGCUACCUAUGGUGGUAACCUAGAAUGCUA